CCGGUGACGUCACAGCCCUCUUAUCCCCCUCUAGUGCCGUCUGGCUGCAGUGGCUCAGACAGGAGGGGAGAAAAACGCUGAGUGAGCCGGGGAGGGGCUCCUUAAAGAAGCGCUGCCAUCUCUGGCAUUUGUUUUGGACAUAAAGAAAUCGGGGAGCUGGAAGAGGUCGGGGUGGACCCAGGAUAUUGCACUGACCGGCCGACAGCAUCCAGAGCGGAGGGGGGUACAAAGAAAUCUUAAGCUGAAGGCGAGAGGCAGUGCUCCAGCUCCGGCUGCCACCCUCCCCUCCUUCUCUCCUUAGUGCUGGCCACCUUGCUUUCCUUUGUGUCUGUUCCUACUACCGAGGCGAGUGGAGUGGGGGAACCUGACCAUGCCCAGCUCGCUGUUUGCCGAUAUGGAGAGGAAUGGGAGCGGAGGAGGAGGAGAAACACUUGAUGACCAGAGGGCUCUCCAGAUUGCCCUCGAUCAGCUUUCUUUGCUGGGGCUGGACAAUGACGAGAGCUCCGUGUAUGACAACGAGCCCCGGAAAAAGAGCGUCAACAUGACCGAGUGCGUGCCCGUGCCUAGCUCGGAACAUGUGGCGGAGAUCGUGGGCAGGCAAGGUUGUAAAAUCAAAGCUCUGCGGGCGAAGACCAACACCUACAUCAAGACCCCAGUUCGCGGGGAGGAGCCUGUCUUUGUUGUGACUGGGAGAAAGGAAGAUGUAGCCAUGGCCAGGAGAGAAAUCAUCUCUGCUGCUGAGCACUUCUCUAUGAUCCGAGCCUCUAGGAACAAGAAUGCAUUAAAUGGAGGUUCAGUUCCUGGACCCCCCAACCUUCCAGGACAGACCACCAUCCAGGUGCGGGUUCCAUACCGGGUGGUGGGUCUGGUGGUAGGACCUAAAGGUGCAACUAUCAAAAGGAUCCAGCAGCAGACCCACACCUACAUAGUCACCCCGAGCAGAGACAAAGAGCCUGUGUUCGAGGUAACCGGGAUGCCAGAGAAUGUGGAUAGAGCACGGGAGGAGAUAGAGGCUCACAUUGCCGUGCGCACAGGGGGAAUCAUUGAGCUGACUGAUGAGAAUGACUUCCACGCCAAUGGCACUGAUGUUGGUUUUGACUUGCACGGCACAGGGAGCCUCUGGAGCAAACCCACCUCGGGCAUUAACUCCAACACGGGGUCACGCAAGGCUUUCUCCAGCUAUCGCAACGACAGCUCCAGCUCCCUGGGCAGUGCAUCCACCGACUCCUACUUUGGUGGCACAAAUGGCACUAGGUUGGCAGAUUACAGCCCUCCCAGCCCUGCCCUUAGCUUCACCAACAAUGGCAACAACAACAACAACGUGAACGGCAAUGGAUAUGUGUAUGCCAGCGAGGUCAUCUCGCCAGACUGCACGGAGCUGACCUUUGACACCAGUUUUGACCCUGCCCCAGCCCCACCUGGCACAACACUGCUCUGGUCACAGUUCGAGCGCACCUCUGGCACUAGCAAUUCCUCUUACCCAACCAAUGCCAACACCUUGUUGGCUAACCACCGGCGCCUCAACGGAGUGGGAUGCACGGCACCACCCAGGCUCUCCCCUCCCUUACACAGCAGCGUGCACCCAGAGCAUCCCUUAGCUCGCAGGGUGCGCAGUGACCCCGGUGGUGGCCUGAGCUACUCCGCCUACGGUAACUUGGGCUCCGACUCCUCCUCAUCAUCGUCUUCGUCCUCUUCCAGCAGCAGCAGCUCUUCUUCCUCUUCCAGCUCCUCUUCCUCUUCGUCUGGCAUGAGGAGGAAAGGCAGCCGCGACUGCUCGAUCUGCUUUGAGAGCGAAGUGAUCGCUGCCUUGGUCCCCUGCGGGCACAACCUUUUCUGCAUGGAGUGUGCCAACCGCAUCUGCGAGAAGAAUGAGCCCCAGUGCCCCGUGUGCCACACAGAAGUCACUCAGGCUAUACGGAUCUUCUCCUAGAGCGAAUAAUCACACUUGUUUCUACAGAAAUAUGGAAAUAAAACCAAUACUAAUACUAUAGCUACAUUCCCACUUGUAUGGUGCCAUAGGCGCAUGCCUGUGUAUAGAAUCUUAAUAUUUUUCACCACAAUUAUGUGUGUACAUGUAUGUAUGUUGACUAUAUAUAUGUACACGCACCAGGGAGUUAUUGCUGAGUGUUGUAACCUUUCUCGCAUUAUUUCAUUACCUUUGUUACAAAUGGGGCAGAAGUAGCCAGUGCAUGUCUCAUUAACUAAUGCUCUCAUAUUUUACAUUAUUCCCAGUGGUACCUACCCUUGCUUCAUCAUGUAAAUAGCUUGCAUGGACCGAUCUACGUGCACCCACUUCAGAAGCAAUACUGAACAGUGCAUCAGAUAUAUGUAUACCAUUCAGUGAGGCCUGCCUUUAAAAUCAGCCUAAAUAUAUGCAGUCACAUGGCCGUUUAACACCCUAGCUACUGGAAGGAGCCACAAUACAAAUUAGACCCUUUUCAGUUUUGCUAGGGUUAAAAAUCAAAGACUAGGGUUGUUGAAUGAAGGCCUUCACUGUACUGGAAUUUUUACCUUGCCAAGUGGGAAUGCAGCUUUAAAGCUGCAGUAUCUGCACAUUUUAAAGGGAACUUGUUGGAUAUUUUCCCUUAUUUGUCUUGUAGCCCAGGAAAAAAUGCCACCUUGAUUGCAUGCUCUGAGUACAAGGAAAUCCUGGUUAAAGAAAAAAAAGAACACUGUACUUUAUGAAAGAUGACCCCUUUUUUUCCUUCUUCAAUUAUUAUAUUUAUUAAUAUAUUAUUUUUUAUUAGAAAUGCUUCUGAUGUGGGCUGUUAGUGAUGUGUCCCUAAUUGCUAUUAGAUUGUAGGAUGCUUAAUUUGAAGUUUAGAAUGAUUGAUUAAUUAUUGAAUGCUUAUAUAUAUAUAUUUUAUUGCCUUUUUUUCUCAUGAGAACAUCGAUGGGAGAAAAAAAAAAACGUUCCUGGGGAGAAACCAUGAUACUGCAGCUUUAACAAAGUAAUAUUAAAUUGUAACAUAUCUUCUAAAUAUAUAUAUAUACAUAUAUAAAUAUAAAUGCGUUUUAAGGUUUUAAAAAUGAAUUGCAUUAAUACAGAUUGAAGUAUUUUAUUCUUUUUUGACUUGAAAGAUUAUAUUUCAUAUUGCAAAGAUGUUUACAAGUAUUUUAAUUUAAGUUCAGUGAACUUUUUUUGUAGCUGAGUUAAAUCUUUUUAUUUUUUAGUAAUGCCCUGACGGCAAAGAACACUGUAUUAUUUUAAUAUCACACAGGUGUAAAUGGGGGUGGGGAGGAAUAAACCAUAAACUGCAAAAUGUUUUGAACAGUAUUCUGUUGGGAUCAAGAUUUUAUAGGUUCUGAAAAAAAUAAUCUUUUAAACCUGAUUCACCCAAUAUCUUUUUCUAUUCCGUGAUAUAAAGCAUAUUUUAUUCUAUAUUAUUACGAGGAAAAAAAAAAACUGAAACGUGACUUGUUAGUCUGUUAACUCUUUGAGUGUCAAAGGCAUGGGCCAUGCCACUCUUUUGGCCAUCAAAGGGUUAUGCCAUCAAAAAAGGAACCAGUUAACUGCUUUCUACCAUUUGUAUAAAAUUAUAAAUUUCUGUGGAGAUUACAAAAUUCUGUUGCACCAAUAGUUUUAGUAUUUCUAUUUUAAUACAUUUUGUUUACCACUUGUUUAUGUAUAUGUAGGUGACGUUACUUGAGCGUAAAUGUACUUUACUGAGCAAAGUUUAAAAAAAAAAAUUACAAAAACAAAAAAAAAAAACACAAAGUAUAUUUUAUUUUAUGAAAAAGGGCCUUUAACCUCAUGGUCAAAUACUAAUAUUAUAUUUGCUGAAACAAGAUUUGAAAUUGUAUCAAGAGUUUUAUUUUUCUGACAUUUAAAGUUCUACAUAAUAAAAAAGUAAAAUUUUAAGUAAUGGUGCUACUUCAUGUUUUUUAAUUAUUUCUAUAUAAAUCAAAUAAAAUAUUACAGAAAUCA